AUGUCCGUCUCCCUCACCCACAUAUUCUCCUAUCUCCCACCGCCGCGGCCUGUCGUGCCCUUGGACUACAACCUCGGUUUCUUCAACAUUCUCCUGACCGCCCUGGUACUGGUAGCUCCACAUACCGGAGGAUGGAAGCUGUUCCGGGUUGGAGUCGCUGCCCCCUUCAUCAGCGCUCUCUGGGUAUACUUGGCGUUUGUGCCAGUCACAAUAUGUAAUUACGAUCACUGGGGCAUUCCCAUCUUGCUCGCAAGCUUUGUAGCUAGGACAUUUGAGCUCCUCGUGUUCUUCCCGGCUGAAACACAUACACAUCGGCUCGCGGUCGACUCCACCAAGCUCUCCCCCGUCGCAAUCACAUCCGAAAACACUCCACUUGUCCCAGAACAAGUACCGCCCCCCUUCACUCUCGCCAAGUUAUAUUGGGCUGCAUCGCUAUGGUGGUCUUUCCGUGGGCUCGGCUGGAACUACUGUUGCCCUCUUCCUGCUUCAUCCAGGAAGGCUCCAUUCAUCAAAGGGUCAUCACGCAAAGAAUUCUUCCUCUCUCAGGCCAAAUUCUUUGCACUCGCAUGGAUAUGGCACGACCUGAUGCGCACUAUCAUGGUGUUCACCGAGGCCGCCGAUUUCUUUCUUCCGGGCGCUACAAUGUCAUACGACGAUCUGAGUUUUGGGCAGAAGGCGCUGUACAGCAUCAUCGUGGUCUCGAGAACGUGGUAUGGGUUAAAUCUCUCGCAUAUGACCGUUUCGUGCUUCAUUGUGGCUCUAGGGGGGUUACUGGGCUGGGAGGGAGAGAUUUUGAGUCCCUGGGGAUGGCCGCCAUUGUUUGGCAACUUUGCUGAGCUCUGGAAGUACCCUGGCCUCUCAACCAUGUGGUCAAGAACAUGGCAAGGGUACAACCGCCGAUGGCUCUACGUCUUUGGCUGGAUCGGUAUCUCUGAAAACAUCCUCCACCUCACCCACACCGGCAUAUCAGCUCACCCCCAAGCCCCUCCAGACUCUUCUUCCUCUGCCAACACCCCUUCUCCCUCUGGCCGCGUCUCUCCAAGUCACCCUAUUCCCACAACGGGACCAUCGGUGCAACUGCCCGUCAAAAAGAUGACUACGCGCUUGAUGUUUCAAAACCUGGUCAAGAGCACGAUUGUUUUUGCCCUUUCGGGACUACAGCAUGAUCUAGGCACUUAUGCGCUUCUCAGCAAGACACGCGCCGGUCAGAACAUCACACUACAAGACGCGUUGAUUUUGACGCCGUUCUUUGUCAUUCAACCCCUCGCUUUGGCGGGAGAAGCAGCGGUCAAGACGGUCUGGCGCGGGUGGAAGUUUAAGGCUCACCCUACUUGGAAGAAGGGCUCGGUCGGGUAUACUGGUCAGCCUGGGUGGCUCGUCUUGUCUGAGCGACUCUUGGGCUUUAUCUGGACAUGGUUCUGGCUGGGGACGUCGGCAAAGUACUAUGUUUCAGAAAGCUUUGGACAAAGGCCAGACAGGUAG